GGGCUCCACGCGGGAGCGCCCGCCGCCGGGCACCGUAAAAGGCUGGAGCGGACGGGGUAGGUGUGGCUCUGACUCCGUGACCUGAGUCCCCGUCCCGGUCACUGUGGUCUCCCGCAGCUGCGGCCUCUCAGCCAUGGGCACCGUCUGGUCUGCCCUGCUAGUCGGAGGGGGUCUGGCCGGGGCGCUUUUUAUUUGGCUGCUGCGGGACACAGGAAAGGAGGGGGACGCGGACCAGGAGAAGGACGCCUCUCCUGGCGAGGCUGCGGCUCUGGGAGGCGAUCAGGGUGGCGGCGGCGGCCAGAGCCCUGGACCUUCCAAGCGGGAGCUGGUCACCAAACCAGAGCAUCUUCAAGAAAGCAAUGGAUGUUUGGUUUCAGAGACCAAAGGCUCUGGUAACCUGCAGGAAGCAGCACGGAGACAGGAGAGUCCUUCUGGAGAAGACGGUGACUGUGACAAUUCAAGAAAACAUGUUCCUUCUGGACAGUUUCCAGACACACAAUCUCUAACUACGUCUGAGACUGGUAACUCCAGGAGUUACUCUGAAGUUUCAAGAAAUGAAAGCCUUGAAUCUCCUAGAGAACAACAGGGAUUCCACAAAGGCCAAGAGACACCUGCUAAAGCAGCUCCAGGUUUUACAGAGAAGUUGCCCUCUAGCAACCUGGUCAUGGAUAGAGCUAAAGAACACGUGAGCCUUGCGCAGCUGGGCAGUCAGGACCCAGCUGACCACGAGGCCUGGGAAAUGGUGUCUAGGCACUCAUCUUGGGGAGAUGCUGGUUUGGGUGGCAGUCUUAAGGCUCCACUGUUAAACCCAAAACAGGGAAUGGACUAUGGCAGAAGCACUCUUGUGGAAGCAAGAGGUCAGGAAAUGGAUGUGAAACCAAAAAGUGUAGUAGCAAUGUCUUCAGGGUCUCGGCAAGUUAGUGUCAGGUUCCAGGUCCAUUAUAUCACAAGUACUGGUGUGCAAUUCAUUGCAGUAACUGGAGACCAUGAGAGUCUUGGGAGAUGGAACACGUACAUCCCACUCCAGUAUAGCAAAGAUGGGUUCUGGUCUCAUUCUGUGUCCCUGCCAGCAGAUACAGCGGUGGAAUGGAAGUUUGUGGUGGUAGAGAAUGGGGAAGUCACCCGCUGGGAGGAGUGCAGCAAUAGGUUCCUAGAGACUGGCCAUGAAGACAAAGUGGUUCACAAGUGGUGGGGAAUUCACUGAUUCAGUUUGCAAAGUAUUGGAGAGGCUGUUGCAGAAUGUGGAAGAGGCUAAGGUUGUGGAGCACAUGAAUAAUUUAAAAUAAAGGAAGUGUAACCCCAAAUUUAGCCAUCACAGUUGUUUCAAAUUUGCUAGUGGCUUUUGUCUAAUGUGCAGAAACAUAUAUCGUAGACAAUACUUCCAGUGACCAUGGGCUUUUUUUCCUGUGGCCUUGGGUGGAUUUAUGCUGAUCCAUCAUUACUUUAGGGUUGGUCCUGUUGGGCACUGACUUGGCUAAGCUUUAGAUGUGGACUGGUCAGGGAGCCCAGAAACUAACCAGCUGCAUGGGGUUCAAGCUUGAGCCUUUGGGUGAUCCCUACACCAAGGGAGUGAAACAAGCUUCAUUGAGAGAGGGCUGAUUUCCUGCUGGUACAGCUGCAAAAGUGCUCUCUUUACUACAUGCACACUUUAGACUUAAAAAUAGUUAACACCAUAUGGAACUGUGAUCAGAAAAUAUCUGGUCACUAGAUGUGAUUAGCAAGGACAUGAGGUAAUACAUUAAGACUUUCCAAUGUUUUUUGUUUGAUUUUACCUGCCAGGUAUGGUUUGAAGGUAGCAGGUAUGUCUGUCUUAAGGAUUGAGGGCUGAAUCACAGUCCGUCAUCGAGAACAGCCACGAGGAAGGGAAGGAGGAUGGGGUUAAGGUGUGGGCUGAGUGAGGUGGCCUGAAUGACACCUGCUAGAGGGCUGGCAGGUACAGGUACAGCCUGACUGCAGGGAGGGACAC